CAGAUCUCUGGUCAAAGGAGUCAUAGCUCUUUUCCUCCUGGGUCUCUGUCUCCUUCCAGCUGGGACUUUUCUUUUGGCUUCUUCUCUGGAUGUUCUUGUAACCAUGAGCCGCCAGUUUAGCUCUCAGUCAGCAUUUAGCUCCAGGAGCCGGCGGCUUUACAGCACUGGCUCUUCUGCAGGCUCUGGUGGGAGUAGGGCUGUGGGGUCUGUGUGUCAGAUCCGAGGCAGGUGCGGUGGCGGCAGUGGUGGUGGUGGGUAUGGGAGCCAUGCCAGGGGUUUUGGUUCUAGGAGCCUCUACAAUCUGGGAGGCAGUAAAAGCAUCUCCAUUAGCUUAGUGGGGAGAAGUGCCAGUGGUUUCUGUCAGGGUGGGGGAGCAGGAGGGAGAUUUGGAGGGGCAGGCAGAAGUUUUGGGGGAGGUGGUUUUGGGGGUGGUGGCUUUGGAGGUGGUGGCUUUGGAGGUGGUGGCUAUGGAGGAGGUGGUUUGGGGAGUAGCAAUUUUGGGCUUGGGGGCUUUGGACCUUCCUGUCCCCCAGGGGGCAUCCAAGAGGUGACUGUUAACCAGAGCCUCCUUCAACCACUUCACUUGGAGGUGGACCCUGAAAUUCAGAGAGUCAAGACCCAGGAGCGGGAGCAGAUUAUGGUUCUUAACAACAAGUUUGCCUCCUUCAUUGACAAGGUGCGAUUCCUGGAGCAGCAGAACCAGGUGCUACAAACAAAGUGGGAGCUGCUGCAGCAAGUGGACACCUCCACUCGGACCCACAACCUGGAGCCCAUCCUGGAGAAGUACAUCAGCGAGCUGCGGAGGCGGGCAGACAUUCUCGACGCCCAGCAGACGCGCCAGAACACGGAAGUUAAGAACAUGCAAGAUGCCGUGGAGGACUACAAGAACAAAUACGAGGAAGAGCUCAACCGGAAGGCCAACACUGAAAAUGACUUUGUCGUCCUGAAGAAGGACGUGGAUGCUGCUUACAUGAGCAAGGCAGACCUGGAGUCCAAGGUGAAUGUUCUGUUUGGAGAGAUCAAUUUCCUGAAGUAUUUAUUUGAGAUGGAGCUGUCCCAGAUGCAAACCCACAUCAGCGACACCAAUGUUAUCUUGUCUAUGGACAAUAACCGCUUCCUGGACCUGGACAGCAUCAUCGAUGCGGUGAGGACCCAGUAUGAGCUGAUCGCACAGAAGAGCAAGGAUGAGGCGGAGGCGCUGUACCAGACCAAGUACCAGGAGCUCCAGAUCUCGGCGGGGAGACAAGGAGACGAACUGAAGAACAGCAAGAUGGAGAUCGCUGAGCUCAACCGCACCAUCCAGAGGCUGCAGGCAGAGAUCAGCAACAUCAAGAAGCAGAUCGAGCAGAUGCAUAUGGCCAUUUCGGAUGCAGAGGAGAGAGGAGAGCGGGCCCUUCAGGAUGCGAAGCCAAAGCUGCAGGACCUGCAGGAGGCCCUGCUCCAGGCCAAGGAGGAGCUGGCCCGGCUGCUGCGAGACUACCAGGCGCUGCUGGGGGCCAAGCUGUCCCUGGACGUGGAGAUCGCCACCUACCGCAAGCUGCUGGAGGGCGAGGAGUGCAGGAUGUCGGGGGAGCUGCAGAGCCACGUGAGCAUCUCUGUGCAGAGCAGCCAGACGACCGUCAGCGGCGGGGGCGGCGGGGGCGGCGGCGGCCGAGGCUCUGGAGGCUACCGCGGAGGCUCCGGCGGCGGCUCCGGCGGCGGCUAUGCGGGCUCUGGCAGCGGCUCCCGCGGGCGCGNGGUCUAGGGCCGGCGAGCCGGGCCCGGACACCCCUCCCCCUCCCACGCGGGCGGCGGCAGCGGCGGGAGCUACGGUGGGAGCAGCCGGAGCAGCAGCAAGUACGGGGGCAGAGGCGGCGGCGGCUCGUCGCGCGUGCAGAUUAUCCAGACCUCCACCAACACCUCGCACAAGCGGAUCGUGGAGUAGAGGGAGGCUCCCACAGCCCCGCCGGCAGGGCGCUCGCCCGUCCCCUCCCCCGCGCCCUCCCCGAACCCCUCUCGCUUACCUUUGCCUCACGGGUCUCAGCAGCUUUGCCGAUUCGUUCCACGCUAGCUGGGGAAGCAGGCGGAUAACCCCAAGCAGCCCAUCUGUCUUCGGAGGGCGCUGGCUGGCGGUAACAAUCACAGCCAGACCGCUCUGCGCGCAGACUCCACUCAGCUGGACCUGCUCCUGCCCCUGGGGACACCCGGGGGCCCAGUUUAGCACUGGAGAGUAUCUACAAAGCGGAUAAUGGAGAGUUAAAGUCAAGGACACCAGGUUUCUCACUCCCAGGCUCCCUUUCAUGCAGCUGGGCUGCCCUGUGAACAAUAAUCCAUCCCUUAGGGGACCACAGAGUGAGGCCUUCUGGGGAAUAGGUUGGCAAGAGGAACCCCUGUGCCAGGGACCCAUUCCUGUCUGUUGGUCCGUUAGCCUCAUCCUUUCAUGUCCAUGGAGAGUAUGGAUUUGCUGUGCUCAUCAGACACCUCGAAGUCAUGCUGGUGCUGACUCUGCAUCUCUGUCUUAAGAAGCAUCAUUGUCUGGGUUAGCAGCCCAAGGUGGGGGUACUGAGAGGGCAUGUGCCCUUGUCCCCCGGGAGCACUAAUUACCCGUGGGUGGAGAAGCCAGUGGGCAAGCAAUGGGGUUCUGCUCUAUCCUGCUCCUCCGAACAGCUCUGUUCUUAGGCAGCUUGGCCCCUCCUGAGAAUUGUCCAGGAGGCUGGCCGCGUGCAGCCCAGCGCUGCCGUGUCCAGGUGCGCGGCCCUGAGGAGUUGGAGGAUGGGGCAUGGGUCUCGGGAGGGUUCCAUCCUGUUACGGGAAAGGAAGCAGGGUGCCCUUUACUGGGCUCUCAGAGUCUCUCUGCCUCCUGUUCUCUCUGACUGAGCACUUGGUGAGAAUUUGACCCUUCCUUUCAGGCCUUUCACAAGGUGUUUGAGCCGCUCUGGAGCGGAAGGAAGGGGAAACUAUCAGCCAACUAGCAGGCCCGGAGAGGGGGAGGGUGAUGUUGCUUCCAAGAUCUGGAGUCGCCUUCUCUUCCUUGCUGAGUCCUAAUGCAAACUCCAAGUCCAUGAUUCUCUUGGGGCAUCGGACGGGUCCAGUACGGGUCCCUCGCGGAGUGCUGUGACUUCAGCAUUUCUUGGUUGAAGGUUGUACCUCGAAGGGCUUGCCAUUUCUGGUGUUUCUACAAUAAAAUUUUCUGUGAUCUCAAACGGC